AGCCCAGGGAUGAGCCAUGGAGGCCGAGGCCUCGGAGAGCGAGCCGGCGCUGGAGGAAUUCGCGCGCGCGGCCGAGACCAGCCUGCUCGAGUGCAAGGUGUGCUUGGAGAGGUUCGGCCACCGCCAGCAGCGGCGCCCGCGCAACCUGCCCUGUGGCCACGUGGUCUGCUUAGCCUGCGUGGCCACCCUGGCGCACCCGCGGACGCUGGCCCUCGAGUGCCCCUUCUGCCGGAGAGCCUGCCGGGGCUGCGACACCAGCGACUGCCUGCCCGUGCUGCACCUCCUGGAGCUCCUGGGCCCCGCGCUUCGCCCGUCCGCGGCGGCCCACAGCGCCGCCCCUUGUUCCCUGGGAACCCUCUCCUGCCACCACGCCUUCGGCGGCUGGGGAACCCUGGUCAACCCCACCGGGCUGGCUCUGUGUCCUAAGACGGGGCGGAUCGUGGUGGUGCACGACGGCAGGAGGCGGGUCAAGGUCUUUGACUCCGGGGGAGGAUGUGCCCAUCAGUUUGGAGAGAAAGGGGAGGGUGCCCAAGACAUUAAGUACCCACUCGAUGUCACCGUCACCAGCGACUGCCACGUGGUUGUCACCGACGCCGGCGACCGCUCCAUCAAAGUGUUCGAUCUUUUUGGCCAGAUCAAGCUCGUCAUUGGGGGCCAGUUCUCCUUACCUUGGGGGGUGGAGUCCACCCCUCAAAAUGGGGUCAUUGUGACUGAUGCGGAGGCAGGGUCCUUGCAUCUUCUGGAAAUCGACUUUCCGGAAGGGGUCCUCCGGAGAACUGAAAGGUUGCAAGCUCACCUGUGCAGUCCCCGAGGGGUGGCGGUGUCUUGGCUCACCGGAAACAUUGCGGUUGUGGAGAACCCCCUGGCUCCGGGGACCCGGGCCUGCAGCACCAGAGUGAGGGUGUUUAACGCAAGUAUGCAACUCAUCGGCCAGGUGGAUACCUUUGGGCUGAGCCUCCUCUUCCCCUCCAAAAUGUCUGCCUCCGCUGUGACCUUUGAUCACCAGGGGAAUGUGAUCGUAACUGAUACCUCUAGUCAAGCUGUCCUGUGCUUGGGAAAACCUGAGGAGUUUCCAGUGCUGAAGCCCAUUGUCACUCAAGGUCUUUCCCAUCCUGUGGCACUGACCUACACCAAGGAGAAUUCUCUUCUUGUGCUGGAUGCGGCAGACCAUUCCAUAAAAGUUUAUAAGGCUGAUCAGGGUUAAUGGGAUGUGACCUGGAUCCUGGGGCCAGGAAUCAGAAAUCCUGGUGCUGCAACUAUUGAAUUGUUUAACCCUGGAUAAGUCACUUAUUCCUGCCUAUCCAAUAAGGAUAAAUAUAAUUGCCUAACAAUCUUACAGAAGUUGGGGCAGUUAUUAAAUAAUAAUUAAAGCCACCAUUUCUUGAAUGCUUACUCCUUGUGCUAAUUUGCAAACAUUAGCUCCUUUAAUCCUUGCAACUUUCCAGGAGGUACUUUAUAUUUAAUCCCAUUUUAGAGAUGGGAAGGCUGAGACCCAGAGAGUUUAAAUGACUUCCUCAAGGUUGCAUUUCCUUACUGUGACAGCCCGGCCACAGUUUGAACUCAAUUCUGACUCUAAUACCUGCUUUUAAAUAAGGUAGCAGCUGUGAAAAAAAGAGUUGUGAAGGCACAAUCAUUAGUUGCUGCUCUGUGUACCCUUUUUAGAAGUUGCUAAUUUAUUUUAGUUGGGUUGCACAAAGAAAAGAGACUUUAUAGAGGUUUAAAGGUGAAAAAAGAUUUUAUGGUGGGCAUCAGUUUAGCUUAACUUGCAACUCCUCUGAUAGCAUGUUAGACAGAGAUACCAUCAAUCCUGAGUUAUUUGAAUAAGAAAACCAGCUGAACUGCUUAUUAUUUAAAAGGUAAAAGUGUCUCUAAAUAUCCGAAUCUCCUCCACUGUCGACACUCAGGAAAUACCACUUGGUUGCUUGAAAAAGGCCUGUGUUGCCCACGUUCUAAAACAACUACAAAAUCAGCUCUACGUAUUAGUGUCAGAGGAUCAGGUGAUACUCCUGUUAAACAUUUUUGUUAAUAAGAACAUGUCAACAUGAUAGAUUCAUGGCAUUGAUGAUUUUGCCUGCAUUUUUAUAGUCUGUUGUAACCCAAAGCCUUUUGUGAAGGGAUUUUUCUCAGUCCAACUUAAAUUAGUCCCAUUUCUUGCAAGCACUGUGCACUAAAUAAACAGUUGCCCUGAUCCUAAAUCAGCGUUUAGGCCAGGGGUAAACACUUCAGUACUUAUUGAACUAAACUAGCCUCAACCAUGGUUGCGCCUGCUGAGCUUUGCAGCUUCUUAACUAAGUAGGUGGAAAUUUCAGGUGAAGUGGCCAUUCUUUAUGAGUAUAAUGUUUUGAGCUAGUGUAAACAUCUUAUAGGUUAGGACUAUUUGGAUAGUACCAAAUCACCAGGACCUCAAAAGCAACAGCAAAAAUAAUUCUUUUUAAAAAUUUUUGUUUUCAUUAGAGCAGUUGUAGGUUUACAGAAACAUCAUGCCAAAAGUACAAAGUUCCCAUAUAGCCCUUUUCCACUGCAUUAGUGUGGUACCUUUGUUACAAUUCAUUAAACAAUAUUAUUGUAAUUAUGCUAUUAACUUUAGUGCACUGCUUUACGUUAGGGUUCAUUCAUUGUGUUGCCCUAUUCUACAGGUUUGUGUGUGUGUGAUAACAUAUACAAUCUAAAAUUUCCCUUUGUUUCCCUUUUCAGAUGUAAGAAUUCAGUGGUGUUAAUUACACACAAAGUUUUGCCUCUUUACCCAUCAUCCAUUACCAAAAUUUUCCAUUACCCCAAAUAGAAACUCCAUACCAAUUAAACAUUAACUCCCCAUUCCCCACUCCUGUUUGGCCCUUGGUAUCCUGUAUUCUCAUUUCUGACUUUAUGAAUAUGGAUAUUCUUAUCUCAUAUAAGGGAGAUCAUACAGUAUCUGUCCUUUUGUG